UCAUUCAUCACACUUCCAUGCCUUUGGCACUGUGAGGAAUGGGUUCUGUGCUGGAGUGAGGUUGCUCCUCCCUCCUUCAGGGAUGAGGAGAUAUAAAGCCCUCUCCCUCUCCUUUACUAACACCUCAGUGGACACAUUCAACACUUCUUGCUUACCGGGAACUCGGCAAAUACAGCGCCCCAACGAUUUCUUUUAAGGAGUUAUUUUUUGAUGAAAUUGUUAAAGGACGAAUUCCAGGCUGCCUGCUUACAUUUAUCUGUAUUUGCCAUUUCAGCUAGAUUCACCUGGAAUGGUUAUAUAACGGUGUAUUGGCGUUAUUUGCGGUGAAAGCAUGGAUUGGUUCGGUGUAAACAUCAGUAACUCCACUUUGGAAAGCGCUCUGCCUGGGGAUGUGCAGAGAGAUGAGCGCUUGGCUCAGGUGGAAAUAGCUCUUCUGUCCAUCAUCUUCAUCAUUGCAGGAAUCCUAAACUCUGGGGUUUUGUUGGUGUUGUGGAAGCGGAGGAAGCAGCUCUCCAGGAUGCGCGUCUUUGUUUUCCACCUCUGCGUCGCCGAUCUGGUGGUCACAUUUUUCCAAGUUUGUCCGCAACUCAUGUGGGACAUCACUGACAGAUUCGUCGGUCCAGAUGUAUUGUGUCGCAUAGUGAAGUACCUGCAGGUGGUCGGGAUGUUUGCCUCCACUUAUAUGAUAGUAGUGAUGACAAUAGACCGAUAUCAAGCCAUCUGCAACCCCAUGGUAACUUUCCAGAAGCGCAGGGCGCGCUGGAACGGUCCGGUGUGCGCCGCCUGGUGCGUCUCUCUCAUCUUCGGCCUCCCGCAGAUCUUCAUCUUCUCCCGGGUUGAGGUCGCCCCCGGUGUAUACGACUGCUGGGCGCAGUUUAUCAAGCCGUGGGGACCGAGAGCGUAUGUGACCUGGACGACUCUGGUGAUAUUUGUCCUGCCCAUUCUCACGGUGGUCGUGUGCCAGGUGCGCAUCUGCCGCACCGUACACUUUAACUUUCACAUGAAGACGCAGCACGUCGGAGCGGUGGUCAGUAAGCCGCUGUCCUCCAGGGCCAGCAGCGUGGCAGGGGUGUCCAAGGCGAGGGUGAAGACUGUGAAGAUGACCAUGGUCAUCGUGCUCGCCUACAUCAUCUGCUGGACGCCUUUCUUCACCGUGCAGCUCUGGUCGGUCUGGGACGUCGAGGCGCCCACUGAGACUGCAACCUUCACCAUAUUGAUGCUGCUGGCCAGUCUGAACAGCUGUGCGAACCCCUGCAUCUACCUGAUGUUCAGCGGGAAUCUGCCCAAGAGACUGGUGGCCCUGAUGUGUGUGGAUCAGCCUGAUCUGAAGGGGUCCAUCCAGGAGGAGGCCACCAUGGUCAGCUCCCUGUACAUCAGCCUCAAGAGCCUGUCAGACUGCAGAUAAAAGUACUGACGCCUCAAACGCUUCUCUCACCUCAGGUCGGUGAAUGUGGUGCAAAACUGUAGCUCUCUCAUGAGGAAGACUUACUGGAAACCUCUAAUAAGUGUGAGGACAAACAUCAUAGCAGAACAGAGUUCCUGUAGUAGCAGUAUAUUGAGACCACAUUGUAGAAAUUAACAGCCAAUGAAAUGUUUUCAUGUGGAAACUCACUGCAGAGUACCAGACACAAGGAAAGGUUUAUGGGGAUAUUACAGUGGAACAUAAACUAUGAUACAGUUGCUAUAAAGUCAAGAUUAUAUAACACAUACUUUUUUUAAAUGUUCAAAGCUUGUUAUAGACUUUUUUUUCUAGAGAUCCACCACUUUGGUCCAGAGAGAAAUAUCUUGCUACUGGAUGAAAUACCAUGAAAUGUUGUACAGACAUUCAUCGUCCCCAGAGGAUGAAACCUACUGACUUUGAUGAGCCCCUGACUUUUCCUCUAGCGCUACCAUGAGCCGACCAUUUCCGCCAAUAAAUCCUCCUAAAUGUUCAAACUGGACCUUUUUAACUUUUCACCUAGCACCAUCAUCAGGUGAAAUUUUUAAUUUGUGGAAUACUUUGGUUUAUGACCAAAUACCUGCAAAACUAAUGACAUUCCCCUCAGCAUCACUUGUACUUUGUGUUUAGUGCUAACAUACAAAAAUGUUAACACACUGGCAUGAGCAUAUUUGCAUGCUGACAUUUGCAUUUAGCUCAAAGCAUGUGAGCCCCUUGCAUAGCUUUAGACUUUGUUUUUUCGUAAUCAAUAAAUAGUGCAAUGUACCAAAAGCUGGGUUAGCAUUCAUGUUAGAUGAUGUUUUGACCAUUAGGCUGCAGUAGGUAUGCAGCUGUUCCAUCAUAAUCUACUGGGCCCUCCGACAGGCGACACCACUCUCUAGCCCUGACCUAACGUGCCCUUCAAAUUGCCUUUAAAUCCUGCAAUCACCCAAGCAAGGAGCAGAUAAUCUCUCUUCGCCUCAGUUAAACUAAUGGUGGCAUAAAAUGUGACUCCUCACUGUUGACAAAAUGUAAUUUCUUUGGGAGCAGCAGCACAAUAUGCAUCAGGUUAUUUAGUCAGAAAGAUACAAAUUAUAAUGAGUAAGAAUCAUGAAAUGGACAAACCAUUUGCAUUUAAGAGGCAGGUUGUAUUUGAUUGCAUGUAAUCUUUUUUGACAAAAAGACUUAUGUAACAUUUAAGCUUGUGAAAUUAUGAGUAAUGAUUCUCUCAUUUUCAGUAAUCUAUGCGUGAUGUGAAAGUGUUUCACUCAAAUGUAAAUGUGUUUUAUCCUGAAAAUAUGUAAUUGUUUGUAUGUAUCAUGUCCUUUAAAUGUGAUUCAGCAGUCUACUUUACAUCUGUAUACUGUAUAAUAUCACUGGAUAAAUGCACAGAAAUACGACACUAUCUGCAGUGAUAUGUUUGUAAUUGUCAAAGAUACAGACAGUAUGCAUAAGAUUACAGACUGGAUCUUUGACAGAUUUUAUUUUCAUUUUGAUAUAAUAUACAGAUCUGAAUAGAGAUCCAAAAACUUGUAUACCAUUGGACCUUUCCUGGUACAGGUCCUUUUUUUUUGUCCAAUGUAUCUUUGAUAAUGACAUGUAAUAGAUAUUCCAGAUAUGCAGGAAGAUGCUUGCUGAUAAAUCUUACAACAUGUUUGCGUUUUCAAAGACUUUUUCUCUCGAGCCCUAUGGAAUGAUUGUCUCUGAGGUGCUGCCAAAUAAACUGCUGUGAUCUUGUGA